AUGGCAAAUGAAGCGAUAAAACAAAAGGCAACAGUUCGCGAAAUUCAUAUUGUCUUUUUUGGAAUUGAUUUGAAAGCUAUAUUGUUUGACAAAUUAUGUGAUACUUCAAUUUCGUGGGAACGACAUGUUAAUUAUGAGGAUACAUAUUAUUUGAAGUAUAGAGUUGAUGGUCAAACUGUACAGAUGGAAUUGGUCGACCCGGGUUUGAAUCACACUGGCGCUCGAGAAAUGUCGAUACGAAAAGCUGACGGAGCGAUUCUUUUCUAUAGUACAUGGUCAGCGCCUUCAUAUCAUAAUCUAGCCGAAUUAUUUACUGACUUCAGUCGUCGACAGAAUGACACUAAGUUACAGAUACCAGUUUUGCUAUUCGCAAGUGAAGAUGAGUACUGUGAUGAUAACAAUUACGCUGCAUCAUCGUCUGGACAUUCUUCAGCAUCUGAAGGUUAUGAAUCUGAAACACCGCACUAUUGUACAAAAUUUUGGAAAGAACGAAUCACAGAUGACCAUACAAAAUGUUGUAUUAGUGACAAAAUCCCAUCUGAACAGGGUGAGCAUCUCGCGCAGUUGUUUGGUCCAAAAUGUAAAUUUAUUAGCACAAGGAUAUCAGAUUUUACUGGACUAGGUGAAGUGAUUGAAGAGUUGAUUAGGUCAAUAUUAGGUGAACGAAAACAUAAAGCAAAUUUUUUGUCACGGACUCGUGCUGCCAGUUUUCCAAAGGAGAAGAAAGGUGCACAUUCAAAAGACAAGCAAAAUUCAGCUGAAGGUCGAUCAUCAUCUGUAAAAGAGCAUAUGAUGGCCGGCAAACAGUCGACGACUACAUCAAAGCCGAAGAAAGUAGGACAAAAGAAUGAUGCUCAGUCUGCGGCUUGUGCGAUAUCAUAA